AUGGAUUCGGCGUUCCCGCCGGGGCUACCCAGGUCUCCGACGGGUUCAAAGGGUAAUCAGAAGGCGCAAAACGAGACAGAGAUGAAGGCGAACCCAUCGGAUCGAUUAGGAAGUGAGUAUUUGGAUUUGGGAAAUAAGGAGAGUUUGAGAUUGGAAGAUACAACAAAGCACAAAGCGGAAAACCUUGCGGGGGGAUCUGUGAAUGGAGGAGUUUCAUGGGUUAAGAUAGCACAGGAGAGGAAGGUCCUGAAGAAGUAUGAUCUGGAGAUAAUCGAGGGGGAGGAAGGGAAGGUGGUAGAAAUCCCAAAUGAAGUGAUUGAAAAGGUAGAUCUACUCUGGGAAGAUUACUUGAUUGGUAAAUUUCUUGACACUGCACCACACGUAGCAAGAGUACACGCUAUUGUAAACAGGAUUUGGAAUCAAGGCGAAUCGAAGCAGAUUGAUGUUCACAUAGUCGAUGAUACAACUAUGAAGUUCAAAGUUCAAAAUCCAACAAUGAGAGCUAGGAUUUUGAAAAGAGGCAUGUGGAAUAUAGGGAGCGUACCGUUGGUGGUGACGAAGUGGACACCGGAUGAGUUGAAGGAGAAACCUGAAAUCAAGUCAAUCCCAAUGUGGGUUUAUCUUAAGAAUGUGCCAAUGAACAUGUUUUCAUGGCAGGGACUGAGCUUCAUUGUCAGUGCAGCGGGAUUUCCGGUUAGGCUUCACCCAGAGACAGCAUCUUGCUCAAACUUCAAACUGGCGAAGAUAUUUGUGAAUGUUGAUCUAUCGAAGGAGUUGCCAGAUAAAAUCAACUUCACAAAGAAUGGGAAACCAUCUCUGGUGGAGUUCAUUUAUCCUUGGCUGCCACUGCGAUGUCGAACCUGCGGGAAAUGGGGACAUGUUGAGAAAGCUUGUAUUCUGAAUAAGAAAGAUUACAUGGAGAAUGGAACUUUGAAGAAGGAUAACGUAGUGGAGGGAAGUAAUGACAAGGAGAAGGAAAAGGAAAGUGGGGAAGGUAAUGAAGUAAGAGUAGAGGCAGAUAAGGAGAUAAAUAGAGAGGACGAAAUUGAAGAAGGGGAAAUGGUGGAGAACUGGCAAGAUGUAACUCCAGAGAAGGCUAGUAGAAAUUCAAAUCUGAAGUUUGGUCAAGUAAAGAUACUAACUCCCUCUCGAUUUUCAAAUCUUUUGGAGGUGGAUGAAAAGGGGGAUUCGAUAAUUGAAGUAGAAAGUGAGGAGAUACUAAGUGUCGUUAAAGAGAUAGUAGAGGAAAAUGUGAGUAUAAUCAAAGGAAAGGAAGCAGAGGCUAUAGAAGAGAGAGGAAUUGCUGAUGAAAACAAGGGUGAGGUAGAGGGAGAGAAGGAAAAUAAGGAAGCAGAAAGUCAGAAUCAGGGCAUUGCGGGAAUUCCGGUUACUCAAGAAGAUUGGCCUGAUUUGGCAAGUGCAUCCAAGAUCAGACCCUCCUUACCGAGAAGAUCAAAAACGAUGCAUCGAGUUGUUCCAGAGACAACUGGGUUCUUUUGGAAUGUUCGUGGGUUCAACAAGCAGUCGAAACAUCGAGUUGUUGAUAAGUGGAUUCAAGAUAAAGGCUUACUGUUUGGGGGUCUCCUGGAAACAAGAGUUAAGGAGAGUAAAUCAGGAAAAAUCAUUUCUUCAGUGUUUAAAGGGUGGUCGGCUGUAAAUAAUUACGAGUUUAACAGGAAGGGAAGAAUCUGGGUGGUUUGGAGUCCUCGGGUUAGAAUGACACCGGUGUUUAAGUCAGAUCAAAUAAUAACAAUGUCCGUUCUGUUAGAGGAAGCAGAGGAGGAAUUUUUCUGCUCUUUUGUAUAUGCUGAAAAUACUGCAGAAAAAAGAAAAGAGUUAUGGAAAGAUAUCAAGGAUCAUCAUGAUUCAAGGAGGUUCAGAAAUAGAGAAUGGAUCAUAAUGGGUGACUUUAAUGAGGUGCUGGAGGGGGAAGAACAUUCAAGUCAUCAGGAUGGAGAUAUAAUGACUGUGGGAAUGAGAGAUUUUGAGAAUGUAAUUCAGCAUUGCAGACUUCUGGAUAUGGGAUUUCAGGGUCCGAAGUUCACUUGGAGUAAUAAAAGAGAUGAAGGUACAAUCAGUAAGAAGCUUGAUCGAAUAUUAGUGAAUGAAACGUGGCUUCAUAAACGUACGCAGGCCUUUGGAGUUUUUGAAGCUGGAGGAGUAUCAGAUCAUUUGCGGGGAAGGUUUCAGUUGGAGGUGGAAGUAGUAAGUAAAAGGAAGCCAUUUAAAUUCACCAAUGUGAUAGCUGAGACACCAGAAUUUAAGGAGAUAAUUGCGAGCUAUUGGAGGGAUAAUCAACCUCUGUUUCAGUCAACUUCGGCUCUCUUCAGAUUCUCGAAAUACCUCAAAGGAUUGAAGCCUCACAUUCGAUUCCUAAGUAAAAAUAAAUUGGGAGCACUUACUAAGAAGGUGAAAGAAGCAUUUAGAGACCUAUGUAAGAAGCAGGAAAAUCUGAUUGAAGCUCCUACACCGGAAAAUGUUCACGCAGAGCAUGAAGCAGCAGUAAGAUGGCAGAGAAUUUCGGAUAUUGAAGAGAAGGUGUUGAAACAGAGGUCGAAAUUACAUUGGUUGCAGGUUGGAGAUAAAAACAACAAAGCUUUUCACAAUGCAGUGAAGAUAAGAGAAACAAGGAACAUGAUCCGAGAGAUAAUAUGCCCUGAUGGAAGAACGAUCUCUACUCAAGAAGAGGUAAAGAAAGAAGCAGAAAGAUUCUUUAAAGAAUUCCUUACGUAUGAGCCGAUGGACAUAGAGGAAAAGUCUGUACAGGAUCUUCAGAGUAUUAUCUCUUUCAGAUGUAGCGAAGAAGAAAGAGCAAGGCUUAUAAGAAUUGUUACAGAGGAGGAGAUAAGAGAAGUUGUAUUCAGGAUGCCAAGUAGUAAAUCUCCAGGACCGGAUGGGUAUACAAACGGUUUGGUGAAGCUAACAAAGACUACUCUUUACAAUACAGCUGAUGCCCUUACCAAGGUGUUACCGGUGAGGAAGCUCUAA